CGUAGCAGCGGUGCACAAGUGCGGGUCGGUGCUGCGACCGGUUGCCUCCGGAGUUACAGCGAUGCAGAGAGCGGCGGUGUUGGUGGUGAAACGUGGGGCAGCUCGGCGACAGGGUUGCGGUUUGUGCUUGCUGACUGGAACAGGCCAAAGGCCUAUCUUUACUGGUUCUGCUGGGCUGAAAAACGAUAAUGAAGUACAGCAGGUUACGGCGCCAAAACCACAGGAAAAUGCAGAAAAAAAGGAAGCUGCUCUGCAGGUGAGGAAUGGUUUGCUGAACCUAAUUGGUGGUAUGAAAGUGGAAAUCAGCACCAAGAGGAAGUUGCAAGCCCUGAGAACAGAGCGAAUAAAGGAUAAAAUGAAAGCCAAGCUGGAAACCAUGGAAAGCACAACCAGCAUGUUUCAGCAUGCAACUGAAGAAAUUAAAAAUCAAAGCAACAAGACAUUAAGCCCAGACCUUGUGGCAGCAGCUUCAGCAGUUGCAUCAUCUAUGCCCCAUAACAAGAAACAGAUAGAGUCAGAUUUGCUUCAGCAGCUCAGAAAGCAUGAAUCAGAAACAGAAGCACAGAAAAAUGGCGAUGUUAGCAACAUUGGUAAUAUUAUUGCAAACAUGAAGGUUGGAAAACGUCCUGGUGCACGGGCUGGAUUCAGAUCUGCCAGUGAAAUCCACUUUGAUGACGAUGGGCAAGGAUAUGUUCCUCACCGAGGUGUUACCAGUGAAUUUGAUGCACUAAGGAAAAGGAAGGGUAUUUAUACAGGAAAAAGGUUAAACAUUUUUCCUGCACGCAUGGAAUCAGAAAGCAUACCAGAAUCUGUGCCAGUGUCUCUUGAUGCCCCAGGUGAGGCGGGGCAAUGGCUUGUCCGCACUGUUGGGGAGGAGAAGAAAGGAGCUGAGCGGGCUGAGUUACAAGUUAAGUUUCCCGUAGCUGGGGACAGAGACUUCAAAGGGGGCUUAUGGGACCUGCAAGGAGAAAGCUGGGGAGAGCUUUCUGGGGACAUUGUCCGUGCACCUAGUGUUUUGAGCUGCUUUUGAGGAAGUGUGUGGCUGCUUUGGGUCAGAUACCGAAUUUAGACGAGGGACUGUGUGGUUCACCCCGUUGAAGCCAAUGGUGAUAUGGCCCAGGGAAAUAGAGUGAUGGGGACCCCCAACUUUUCUGCAGUGCCUGAGGGCAAGGCCCUCUUAGUGGAGGCUCCAGAAGACCUCGAGGGGGUUGCCCCUGGUGCACCUGUUCACAGUGACAGUAACGUCCAAUGCUCCUGUGAGACAAGUUGGGGAGAAACUAUAGGAAAAAGGAGGAAAGUUGACAGCGAAGAUAGAGGUGGUUACCAUUUGGCCAAGGCUCCAGACUGUGAAUGCUCUUCGCUCAUUCCUUGCGUUCACUGGUAUAUGCUGCCUUUCGCUAACUCCCCAUUGAUUGAGGAAGAGACUCCCUGGUACCUGCGGGUUAGUAGGGGAGGUUGUGGCAGAAUGUGACCCCUACUGUUUUGGGGAGCAAUGUCACUGCUUUGUACACCUGGAUUGCACGUUGUGUUUUGCAGGAAGGGUUUGGCGAAUUAUCUCACCA